UCUACUUUGUAUUUAGAACUUUUUUAUAAGCAAAUGAGGAUUUUAACAUGGAAUGUUAAUGGUCUCAUCACCACAUUGCAGUAUUAUCCUUGGUCAGAAACAAAGUCUUACAAGGUAAGAGUUUUUUUUUUUUUAAUCCAGAUAUGCUUUAUAACAUUGAAUAUUUUACUGACACCAUCAAGAAAAUAAAAAGGUUCUUUUAGACACGCUCAAUUCAGACAUACUCUGGUAAAGGAAAAAGUAGUCUCGGUUUUCAUAUUCGUGCUAUAGUUUAAAAAUAUCGAUCUAAUAGAUGUUGUAAACUUAGUUUUCAGGAAGUAAAAUGUUCCAGAAAGAAAGUGCCGAGAGAAAUGGCCCUUGUUCCCGGUUAUCAAGCUUAUUUCUCAUUUUCCAAAGCAAAAUUGGGCUACUCAGGAGUGGUCGUAUAUGUUAAAGAGGAUACAAUGAUUCAACCUUACCAUGUCUAUGAAGGCAUCACUGGUAUAUUGGACACUAAAAAACAACACCAUGACGAUGCAUUUGAUUAUAACUUCAAUACACCUGCUCAUCAACUUGAUGCAGAAGGACGAUGCAUCAUAUUGGAUUUCGGUUAUUUCAUUCUGUUCAAUGUGUAUUUUCCUCACGAGUCAGAUGAGACAAGAUCAGAGUUUAAGAUGGACUAUCACCGCUGUGUACAGAAGCGAAUAGAUAUAUAUCUACAGCAAGGGAAGCAAGUAAUUCUUGUAGGAGAUAUUAAUGCUGUUCAUGAAGAAAUUGAUCACUGCGAUCCAAAGCAAAGUAUGAAGGAACAUGGUAUAGAUGACUUUAAGGACUUACCACAUAGAAGGUGGAUAGACAAUAUGAUUGCUCCAAAAGGACCAUUGAUUGAUAUGACGCGUUAUUUUCAUCCCCAACGGCAAAAAAUGUUUACGUGCUGGAACACGAGACUCAAUUCUAGACCAAGCAAUUUCGGCACACGAAUAGAUUAUAUACUUACAUCUGAAGGCAUGAAAAAACAUUUCAAAUAUUCUGAUAUUCAAGCCGAUAUUAUGGGAUCAGAUCAUUGUCCAGUGUACGCAGAUUUUGCUCCUAUCCCCGAAGUCUUAAACGAUGAAAAGCAAUAUAAAGUAAAUAACGGAUCACCUUUACUAUCAAUGAAUUUUGCUGAAUUUAGACAUCAAGAGAAAUUAUUUAAUUACUUUUCGACGGGUAACAAACCUGCUGCUUCUAACAUUGCUGCCAUUGCUACUGUUACUUCUACAACUGAUGUUGCCUUCCCGUCUACUGUAACCGGUUCAUCGAUUGUUAACAGCCAAAAGCGAAGUAUAGAAAGCUCUUCUCCUAUUAACCCAGACUCUUCUCGGCUUAAACGAUUCAAAGCAUCUGAGAAAAGUUCAUCACCCACUAACAGCAGGACUAUUAAGAACAACAAGAGAAUCGAUUUGUUUUUUCAAAAGAAGCCGACGUCACCACAGAAAAGCCCACAAGCAACAGCGGAAACGAAUAUUGCUGCCACAACAAUACCGGUGAACAGAAGCGAUUCUCAAAGCGAUAGUGACCAUAGCAGGCGUUUGGAUACCUUUACAUUUAUACCACCCAAUGAGGAUACAACAAAAAAAGCAUGGACAUCUAUUUUCCAAACGCCAGAAAUACCUAAAUGUAAAGGCCAUGGCUUGCCUUGUCUCGAAAGAACAGUGACAAAAAAAGGCCCUAAUUUAGGCCGCGUCUUUUACAUCUGCUCAAAACCAAAAGGGCCUGAAGGUGCACCACCAGAUGAGUAUCAAGAGUAUCAAUGCGAUUUUUUUCUUUGGAAGAAGAAACGGUAGAGGAUUACAGUGUUUUAGCUUCAACU